AUGAUUCGCCAACUCCCCAACAUCACCCCCUCAACUCCUUGGUCUCCUUUAAUCCCCCUCCUCCAACUAACUUCCCUCUUCCACCCACCCUUAGCAUCCUUGAUAACCGCAUGGCCAGCCGAUCCAUCAGUUCUUUCUAUUGCGGCUACACUUUCAAAAUCCAGCCCCUCUCACUCAAAUGCAUUAGAAAUAGCAGAAUCAUGGGGGGAAUCAACAGACAAAGCUGUAGUGGAAAGGUUUAGGGCCUGGUUAGAAGAAAAUAACACGGUUUAUAGAAGGGUUAGGGAUGGUAGUAAAUGGGUUGUUUAUGAUUAUAAUAUAUAUAGAAUAGGGGAGAGACAGUUGGAGGGGUGGGUUGGGGAAUCAAAAUGA